CUAUCUUCUGGAUACGAUUCCAUUAAAAGUUUGUUUAUGAUUGGUGCGCUAACAGAGCAACCGACAGUUGAAUGUAGUAACUUAACGAUGAUUGAGAAAAAUCUUGAGGAGUUAAAAAAAAAACUUAGAGUAAGUAAUAAUGACGAUUUUAGACUAGCUCGAGAGCAAUUUAUGGAACCUUUGGAACGCAUGAAACCCAAAUUGCCUUCCGAAAUUGUUACGAAAUGUGUAAGAUUUGCGCAUGAAUACAAAAAUCGGCAUGAUAAAGUUGAUAAUUUCAGAUUGAAUCUCGUUCAUGAUGCAUCGUGGAAAGAUGGGAUUCCGAAACAAAAAAAAAUUGUCGAUGAUAUAUUGGCCGUAAUAGAUGAAACUUGGAAUAAUCCAAUGUAUUCGGAAGUCGAAUUUCGCAACAAAAUAAAUGAGGGUACCUAUGUCGCCGACAUUGUACUUCCCCUUAUUCGAGCUUCAUUGAAUAGUCUUCAGUGUGGAGGGCAUACCUAUAUCACUACCGCUGAACACCAAAGUGUAGCGAGCCAAAGCCGAAAAAAUGAGCAGGAAAGUGAUGCACAAAUCGGUGAUAAACCUGAUAUCAUGCUCGCGUUGAUAUCAAAUAACAAAAAAUUUGAGCUUCUUUUUGUUGAAUGUUCUCGAAUAUUGUGUACUUCACGGAAAAAAGACGAUGAUUCUACAAAACUGUUACAGGAACCCAGAUUUAUGGAGGCUGAAAUACCAUUAACACCAUGUGAUGCUAAUGGAAUCAUCAACAUUGUGGACCUAUUAUUGACCCUUAGAAACAUUGUUAUUAUUAAUCAUUCUUUACUACGAAGUGCGGUAAAAAAUGCUUUGAAUCAUCAACCUCGCAAGGUUAUACCAAGUACAACUGUUAAAAAA